CAUUUAUAUGUAUUUUCAAUACUAUCUGAUAAAAAGAAAUGGCGGAAAAUCGUAAAGUAAAAACUUUCCUUUGGACUAUACCCAGAUCAUGCUCCACGGCAUUUUUAAGAGCAAUUGCAGAGAGGCAGGACACAAAGGUUAUUUUAAUCAAUAUAGAAUUUAACAUUCAUUUAGAUCUAGACUUAUUCCUCAGAUAAUAUUUGAACCAUAUUUGCCUUGCUACUACUAUUCGUCUGAGAGACAAAGUGAAAGGUAUAUUGAUAUUUAUCUAAUAUUUUAAAGUAUUCUUAUUUAGCAUAUAUACUUCAAAUAGCUGUGUAUAGUCUUUUAAUUGAAUGAUUACCUUAAGACUUUCAAAAACAAGCAAUAACUCUCAACCUCUGAAAUUUGACUCUAUGAUUAAAUAGGCCACUAUCGAUUUAAAAGAAACAACAUAGACAUGAAACUUUCAGUUUAUCAUCAAGUAUCAUUGCAGAUAUGAAGUGGAAGCACAUCAAGGUUAUACUUUCCAAGAAGGCAAGCAAGUAUGCGAAAAGGAAUACCCUGGUAACUUUCUAUUCUAUAUUAGAAAAUUAACUUUAAAUAAUAUCAAUAUAAUUUUAUCUGUAAAUUGGUCAAAAACAAGGACUAAUAUUAGCUAUAUUUUGUAUUAUCAUUUCCUUAAAAAAAGUCUUGUUAUCAACUCCACUCAGCAGCUGAAAUUUUCAUUGAACACAAAGCAAUAUAUUUUGUAAAUAAGAAAACCUUGAUAAUUGUUUACAAAAAAGAAAAGUCAAAAUUUCUUAUUUACUUUACAAUGCAUGCUGAAACUUUAGCCAACUUAUAUUAUAACCUCUUUCCGUCAGAAUUUAGCUAUUUCCUUGUUUUGGGCAAGCAAUACAUUUUCGCCAAAGAUGCUGCAUAUCAGCUAGGCGGAAGAUUUGAUGCUAUUCCAGAGGGAUUUCAGCACACAUUUCUCAUUAGAAAUCCAAGUAAAACCGUCAGAUCGCUGUACAAUAUAAUAUUGAAUGGAGAAGAGACUGGCUGGACUUAUUUCGACGCAUCAGAAGUCGGAUUUAAACAGUUGAUGGAACUUUUUAAACACGUUACUACAACUCUAUGCCAAGAAGCAAUAGUAAUCGAUGCUGAUGAUUUAUUCAAAAAUUCAGCCGGUAUAUUGAAAAAAUACUGUCAAAAGAUCGGAAUGGAAUAUAAAGAUAGUAUGAUUCAAUGGGACGACUCCUCCAAAAGUUUCCAACAGAAUUUUACCAAAAUGUGGCAUCCCUGGCUUAAAAAUGCUUUUACUACAAAGAAAUUCGAAGAUACGCUACAAGGAAAAAAGCAAGAUAAGGACAUGCCUGAAGUUUUUCAUGAAGCUAUUAAAGAAAGCAUGCAUAUAUAUUACGAAUUGUACAAGUACAAAUUGGAAGCAAACGCGUAG